UCUCAAACAAAUCACAUACCAAGAUUGAGCAAAUCCCAAAUCGCGCAAAAUCGCAGCAUGCCGGGCCCGGGCCCGCACAUGAUCUACGCCAUCGGGUCGGGCCAAGGGCUGAUGCAUGUCUCGAACGGGCGAUUCGGGCCGCACCACUGCGUCACGUACGCCAUCAACGCCUUCUUCGGGCCGGACAUAGGGUCGUUCUGUGAGUGGCUGAGCUCAACUAUGGGUUCGGGCCGGUUCCUGGGCUCCUCCGUCGAGCAAUGGAUCCACAACCCGUUUUACUACGCUUUGAUUCUGGGCUUCCCUCUUUCACUUCUCUACACCUGGGUUUCCCGAUUUCUCCUGCAAAAGGGCGUCCUUGAUUCUUUCUCUGGGGUUCCCUUAAACGCGAGACAGUGCUUCUUGUUGAUCUUUGCUGGAUCUUUGUCACAUUUUUUCUUGGAUCAUCUGUUUGAGGAGAAUGGGCAUUCUUCCAUGUAUACUUGGAUAUUGAGCACCGGCUGGUGGAAAACCCGAGCACCAGUCAAUCCCGAUGCUGUUGUUGUUAUUGGCCUUCUCUGUGCAGCCUUAAUUGGAGGUUUUAUAUACAUCUACAGAGUGAAGCCCUUGAAGUCGGUGAGAAGGCAAUACCACAAGUCGCUGAAUUUGACCUUGGCAGUGGCAGUUGCAUACUGCCUGUGGUGCGCGAGCCAGAUUUAUUUGGUCAGGCCUCGUCGUGCAGCUGUUGGGGAGGAGGCUGACUUGGGAGUCCUCGUGUUCCUUGGCAUCUUCUUCUUCUUCCCGCACUGGCUGUGCGUACUGUCUAUGAACACGAAGGAGAUCGUUGAAUCCGCGGAUCAACUCCCCCAUUGAAAGUGAGGGAAAGAAUGGGCUCACAAUACAGUUCAUGUUUAAAUUUCAAAUGUACAUUAAACGAAUACUCCCGCCGUCCCACAAAUAUUGUCCCACUUUGACCUGACACGAGUUUUAAAAAGUUAUAAUGAAAAGUGAGUUAGAAAAAGUUAGGAGAA